AUGGGAAAAAACUUCAUGCUUGCUAGUCUACGUCAGCAGUAUUGGUUGCUCGGUGCAUCAACUGCUAUAAAGCGUAUAAUUUCAAAGUGUGUUACUUGUCGAAGAUAUCAGGCCCCCGUUGCUGAGCAACAAAUGGCCAGCCUUCCUGUAGACCGUUUAAAUGCCGCUGAACCCCCAUUUUCCAGAGUUGGGAUGGAUUUCUUUGGACCAUUUGAGGUAAAGCGAGGAAGAAGUACAGUAAAGAGAUAUGGUGUGUUGUUCACGUGUUUGGCUAUUCGAGCAGUACAUCUAGAGGUUGCUCAUUCUCUUGAUACAGACUCGUGCAUCAAUGCAAUCAGAAGAUUUGUGGCUAGACGUGGUAUAGUUAAAUCAAUUCAGUCUGACAACGGAACCAAUUUAGUGGGAGCAGAACGCGAAAUGCGUGAAGAAAUUAAAAAAUGGAAUAUGCAAAACAUAAAUAGGGCCUUGCAACAAAGAUCCAUCUCAUGGAGUUUCAAUCCUCCCACAGCAUCCCAUUUUGGAGGUGUUUGGGAACGGCUUAUUCGUGUUGUCAGAAAAAUACUCUAUUCGCUACUCCGAGAACAAAACGUAUACCUUGAUGACGAGUCUCUGCACACACUGUUUUGUGAAGUUGAAGCUGUGAUCAAUGGUCGCCCUAUCACAGAAGGGCCCAACAGUCCUAAUGAUCUAGAUGUAUUGACACCAAAUCACUUGUUAUUGCUUAGAGCAGGAGAACAUAUUCCACCUGGCUUAUUUCAUAACAGUGACAACUAUGCAAAAAGGAGAUGGCGACAAGUACAAUAUUUGGCAGACAUAUUCUGGAAAAGGUGGAUACGGGAAUACUUACCUCUGCUGCAAAAGAGACAAAAAUGGAUGUACUCUAAGAGGAAUUUGGCUGUAGGUGACAUUGUACUGAUUAUAGAUACAACCCCUAGAAAUUCAUGGGCACUUGGAAGAGUGCUUGAAGUCGUGAAGGACAAAAAGGGGCUUGUCAGAGUUGUGAAACUGAAAACAAAAUCGUCUACACUGACUCGUCCAAUUACAAAAUUAUGUCUCUUGGUAGAAAGCGACUAA